CGCCCGGACUGCCGGGCUGCUGCGGUCGUCGCGGCCCGGCUCGGCGCAGCCGGUCGGCUCCUUGGUCCCGCGCAGCGGCCCGCUCUCCAGCACCUCUCGCCUCUAUCGAUGCACUCGGAAGCUCGGCUGACGCUGCCUGGCGCUGGAACCAGGAAGGCGGUGAGCUUAAACUGAAGCAAGUUCGGAGAACGGCAGCGGCGCCCAGAUUUGAAGGAACGUUUCUUGGUCUGUGGCGCUUGCAAGUCCACGGGAGGCGUGAGGCCGAAGGCCGCGACCCAGAAAUGGGACGCCGGUCAUCAGAUACUGAAGAAGAAAGCAGAAGCAAGAGAAAAAAGAAACACCGUAGACGGUCAUCUUCAAGUAGUUCUUCAGAUAGUAGAACAUAUAGCCGAAAGAAAGGUGGAAGGAAAUCAAGGUCAAAGUCAAGAUCUUGGUCCAGAGAUCUUCAGCCUCGCUCUCAUUCAUAUGAUAGAAGACGCAGGCAUCGAUCAAGCAGUAGCUCUUCUUACGGCUCUAGAAGAAAACGAAGUCGAAGUCGUUCAAGGGGUCGAGGGAAAUCCUAUAGAGUUCAGAGAUCUAGGUCAAAAAGCAGAACAAGAAGGUCCCGGUCAAGACCUCGUCCACGGUCCCACAGUCGAAGCAGUGAAAGGUCCAGUCACAGAAGAACCCGUAGUCGAUCUCGGGAUAGAGAACGACGGAAAGGCAGAGACAAGGAGAAGAGAGAAAAGGAGAAGGAUAAAUGCAAGGAUAAGGAAUUACACAACAUCAAACGUGGGGAAUCUGGAAACAUCAAAGCUGGAUUAGAACAUCUGCCACCAGCUGAACAGGCCAAAGCCAGACUACAGCUGGUUCUUGAAGCUGCUGGAGCACUGAUGACUUCAUAAAAAAUGGUGCAUUUG